CCUCCUCCGCCUCCUCCUCCUCCUCCCCUUGACCCCUUGGCCGGUCCCUGUGCUGUCCCUCCUCCACGGCGACUGCAGGGCUCAGCGCGGCCCCCGCUCCCCGGACCCUAGCCCUGAACGCCCUCCCCAUCCCCGAGCCCCCCGCCUCAGCAGCAGCAGCAGCAGCAGAAGCAGAAGAAGAAGCAGCAGCAGCAGAAGAAGAAGAAGAAGCAGCAGCAGCAGGAGCCCCCUGCCACAGGAUGCCGGGGUUCGGGGCCCCGGGGGCGCCUCCUCCCCAUCCCUCCGCCUGGCCUCCCGCCCUGGCCACCCUGGCCACCCUGGCCACCCUGUCCGCCCUGGGCCCGGGGCUCCGCCCGCUGGGACUGCUGGUUCUCUUGCUGGGCAGCCCGGGGGCACGGGCCGGAGACCCGACCCGGGACGGAAGGACGACGCCGGCCCGCUCAUCCCACCCGCUCCCGGAAGAACCGUCCGACGGGAAGAUCCGCCCGGAGAACGCGGAGCCCCAGGAGACUACAGCCCCGAACCCCGUCCUGUCGAGCGUGGAAUUCCCCGACGCCACGGCGGCGGGGGGAACUAGGCCGCCGUCCCAGGGAGAGGUGCUGCCCACGUCCACGCCUCUCCUCGACGCCGAGGGAAAGCCCGCCUUCACCUCACGGGAGAAGACACCAUCUUUAAAGCCGGUCAGCACAGGCCACAAGCACCUGAGGCCCCAAACGACUCCCUCCGGCUGGCUGAGGGGGCCGGCCCGGGAGGGGCCCGGGGCCUCCGGCCACACAUCCUCUCCAGAGAAGGCCCCGUGGCUGGAAGAUGCCGUCACCCUCCCUGCCGACGCCCGGCCUGGGACGCCCCACUCACCAUUUUGGUUUGGGCCCGAGGAGGACGAUGCCGGUCCCACGGCCCCCUUCUCCCUGCAGAUCUCCCCGUCUACCUCCCAGCCUCCCCACCCCCAGAGUCCCGACAAGCCCGGUGCACCGGGUGCCCCUCAGGGAGAGGCGUCCGGCCCUGAAGGGACGGAGCCCAAGGGAGCGGAGAACCAGCUGGCGCCGGAGGAGAGUCAGGAAACCACCACGUCCACCAUCGUCACCACCACUGUCACCACCACGGAACAGACCCCAGCGUCCUGUGGGGUGAGCUUCGUCCGGCCGGAGGGGUUCAUUGACUCGGCCGAUUAUCCUCCGCUGCCCCAGCGCGACUUCCUGGAGUGCACCUACAACGUGACCGUCUACACCGGCUACGGCGUGGAACUCCAGGUGAAGAGCGUGAACCUGUCGGAGGGAGAGCUGCUGGCCAUCCGGGCUGUGGACGGGCCCCGCCUCAUUCUGCUGGCCAACCAGUCGCUCCUGGUGGAGGGUCAAGUGAUCCGCAGCCCGACCCACGCCGUGUCCGUUUACUUCCGGACCUUCCAGGACGACGGGACGGCCACCUUUCAGCUUCACUACCAAGCGUUCAUGCUGAGCUGCCACUUCCCGCGGAGGCCGGCCCACGGCGAGGUGACCGUCCUGGACCUGCACGCGGGCGGAUUGGCUCGCUUCCACUGCCACCUGGGCUACCAGCUCCAGGGGCCCGACACCCUCACCUGCCUCAAUGCCUCCAGGCCCCACUGGACCAGCCGGGAGCCCGUCUGCUCAGCACCGUGCGGCGGGUCGGUGGUGAAUGCCACCAUGGGCCGCGUCCUGUCGCCCAGCUUGCCCGGCCCCGCCAACGGCACCCGGGCCUGCACCUGGACCCUGGCCGCUCCCGAGGGACAGAAGCUCCACCUGCACUUCGAGAGGCUGGCGCUCGCCCACCAGGACAGGAUGGUGGUGUCGGGCGGGCACAGUGACCAGUCAGGGGUGCUCUACGACUCCCUCAAGACGGAGGGCGUGCCCUUCGAGGGCCUGCUGAGCGAGGGCUCCGUCCUCCGCAUCCACUUCACCACGGACCGGGCCGGGACCGACGCCGCCUUCAACAUCCGCUUCGAAGCCUUUGAGAAGGGCCACUGCUACGAGCCAUACAUCCAGAACGGGAACUUCACCACCUCAGACCCGACCUACAGCCUGGGCACCGUGGUGGAGUUCACCUGCGACCCCGGCCACUCCCUGGACCAGGGGCCCCCCACCAUCGAAUGCAUCAACGUCCGAGACCCCUACUGGAAUGACACCGAGCCUCUCUGCAGGGCCCUUUGCGGUGGGGAGCUGUCGGCCGUUGCGGGAGUGAUCCUGUCCCCGAACUGGCCGGAGCCGUACGCGGAGGGAGAGGACUGUAUCUGGCGCAUCCACGUCGGGGAGGACAAGCGGAUUUUCCUGGACAUUGAGCUCUUAAACCUGAGCAGCAGCGACACACUGACAGUCUACGACGGGGACGAGACCUCCUGCCGCAUCCUGGGCCAGUUUGCGGGCAGCAGCGGUCCCCAGAAGCUCUAUUCGUCCACGCCGGACCUGACCGUCCAGCUCCGCGCCGCCCCCGCCCCUGCCCCCGGCCCCGGCCCCGGCCCCGGCCAGACCUUCACGAUCAACUACAUAGAGGUGUCACGGAACGACUCGUGCUCGGACCUGCCCGAGAUCCAGAACGGCUGGAAGACCACGUCUCACGUGGAGCUGGGCCGGGGGGCCAAGGUCACCUACCAGUGCGACCCGGGCUACGACGUCAUCGGGAGCGAGACCCUCACCUGCCAGUGGGACCUCAACUGGAGCAGCGACCCCCCCUUCUGCGAAAAGAUCAUGUACUGCACGGACCCCGGCGGCGUGGAGCACUCAUCGCGCCUGAUCUCGGACCCGGUGCUGCUGGUGGGGGCCACCGUCCAGUACAGCUGCGACCCCGGCUUCGUGCUGGAAGGCAGCUCGCUGCUCACCUGCUACAGCCGCGAGACCGGGACCCCCAUCUGGACCUCGCGCCUCCCCCGCUGCGUCUCGGAGGAAACGCUGGCAUGCGACAACCCGGGGCUCCCCGACAACGGCUACCAGAUCCUCUACAAGCGGCUCUACCUCCCUGGGGAGUCGCUCACCUUCAUGUGCUACGAAGGUUUCCAGUUGGUGGGCCAAGUCACCAUUCAGUGCAUCCUGGGCCAGCCGUCCCACUGGAGCGGACCCCUCCCCAUCUGCAGAGUCAACCAGGACAGUUUUGAGCACGCGCUGGAAGUAGCAGAAGCGGCAGCCCAGACCUCUCUCGAAGGAGGAAACAUGGCCUUGGCCAUCUUCAUCCCCGUCCUCAUCAUUUCCCUGCUGCUGGGCGGAGCGUACAUUUACAUCACGAGAUGUCGAUAUUAUUCCAACCUGCGCCUGCCUCUAAUGUAUUCCCACCCGUACAGCCAGAUAACGGUGGAGACGGAGUUUGACAACCCGAUUUACGAAACGGGGGAAACCAGAGAAUAUGAAGUUUCGAUAUAAAGCUACGAGACACCCGCAAGCUACGAACUUCCAUCUCUGAACCCCGGAUAGGACUUCCUCGGCAAUUAACCCAGAGACCAUUCGGCAUUUAAACGGAACCCCGGACCUUCUCUUGUCUUUCCUUUCAGUUCUCUCGAGGAUUCGCGGUCUUCUUCCCCCCCUAUUUAUUCUAUUUAAAGCGAGAUGGGCGCGUGGCUGUUUCGGGGCAGGAGCGGAUGUCUCAGGCUCAUCCGGACGUUCGGGAGGCGGGAGUCGAUCCGACCGAGGCCGUGAUGAGGCCUCAGGAAGGACAGACUUGCCGGCCCAAAGGCUGGUGGGAAAUCUGCCCUUCGGUUCGAAGGGGGCGCUUCCCAAGGGAAGGGAGGAGGGGGGAGGAAAACUGUAUCCACAAGAGAGAGAAUCCCACCAUACCCCACAGCCAGUUCAGCAGGGCCCCUUUUCCGGUCCCUCGCCUCUCGGGGGGGACUUGGCGACGGCGCCGACGAUCGGACGGGGGAAGGGUCCGCCCGGCUGCCAGCGGGACCCACGCUUCACUUGUCCGUGCAAGAGCCGGGGUGGUUAGCGUGAAGCCAUCCACACUCUCCAGUCCGGUACCCCCGCUAUCCUCCAGGCCUAGAACCCGAGACGGCAGCAGAGGGCUGAUGGUUGGCUUGAAGGCAGAAUUUCUGAGCGGCGAGGGCCGGCUCUGAUCUCCGGCUCGGACCUAGCCCUCGUGGGAUGGUGCCACCCUUAAGGUGACCCUUCCCCUCCCCGUCCCAAGCCCUCCCCAUCCCCAGACUGCAAUGUGUAUAAAGUCAUCCGCUCUUCGGACACGAUACCUGAACACUUUUCCAGAUCCAGCGUCGGCCCUGCUUCCCUCCGGGAGGUUCGCAAAUGGGAAGGGAGGAUGGGGCCUCUGUCCUCCUAGGCAUCCCAGGUCACCUCUCGCUCUCUGUCACCAUGGUGCCCCCGCAAAGGUUGGGGAUGGAUUCGGGGAAGCUGGAACCCAGAUGGUCUCCUGAGGGAAGUCAGGGAGGUGGGCCGGAAGGGUUCGACUGCUGCCGUUUUCUUUUUCCGCGGCGGAAGAGGGCUGCGGGACUCAUUCCAGCCGGCCGGCGGGCCCCAAGCUCCGCUCUCAGCUGGGUCGGCCGCGCUCAGAUUGUAGGCUGGAAACUCCUCGAGGGCAGGGACCAUGUCAGGACGGCAUUCUGCGCAGAGUAAGGUGCUCGAGGGAUGCCCUUGACUGGGAGUCAUGGGCUUUCCCCGGCUAGUAAUAGAGGGCAUUUUCCCCGAUCAAACAAUGACGACGGGCACCUUCCCCGCCCACCCAGCACCUGGUUUCCAUUUCCAUUUUCCUUACGGUGGUCUAGCAUCCCAGAUUUCCCAAGGUGGGACUCCCUCACCCCCCAUCCCUCGAACGGUAUCUCAGGGUAACGAUAAGGGACCAGAAUCCUCUAUGCCCCCCAAGAGUGGAUCCGAGAAGCCUCUCUUCCGGGCACCGGAUAAAUCCACGGGGUUCACUGGGCGGAGGAGCUAUUUCGAGGGGCUAGGGGGACUGGCCACCUCUAGGAUAGAAUCCAGAAUGCUCAAAGAUCUCGAACAGCCCCGGUUCUCUGGCCUGGAAGAGGCCGACCCACUGGAGCUGUCCGGACCUGUGGGCUGCUCCUGAAACGGAGACGAGGUCCCGGCUUCCCCACCUCCGAUCACUCCGAUAGGCUCCGGGCCAGUUCUGGGGCUGGGAGGAGUCCUGCUCCUGAUGAGCGAUGCUCAUUAUGGUGCACCCUACCCAUGGGGGAGACAGAUGUCCAUCCCGGAUUGGCUUAUUAAAAAAUGGAAAAUACUUCUGCUGCCCAGAAAACAAACACUUCCACACACCCACACGCCAAAAUUGAGCCCCCUAUUUUUCUGACAUUCAUUGCUUCACCUCACCCUGGCCCAACUGGAAAAGACAGCGUCACCUUCUCAUACUCUCCCGCUCGGGCAUCUUGCGUUUACGUGAACGCUACCGGUCGUCUUCCGACAAAGAUCCAUGCGACGGGAAAUCCGCCCCCUGAAAGCCCGCUCCAUGAACAUCCGAGCCCAGGUACCGUAUUCCUGUUGUCAUCCGGAGGGAGACGAUACCGGUGGUCGAUGUUUUUUUUGGAUGCCGAUGUCUUGGGCUCUUCGGCACGGCACCUGCAACAGGAAAAGGGCAUUUUAGAAAUCGGUUUCCUUUAGGGAAAGGUAUCGUGUACAGAACGGCCGAGAUGGUAGUUAUCGUUUUGAGGAUCCGUGGAAGUCUACUCGUCAAAAGAAAAAAAAACAGCGCCCAAACUGCACCGGCCAUCUCGUUUCCGUUCACCCGCGUCGGCUUUUAUACAAGAUGAUGCAAAAACCGUGAGGAUUAAAUGUUUUUGAACGCGACCCCUUCCUCGAGAAACUCCAGAGUCGCGUGGACCUCAGCACGAACCGCACUAUAUCCCCAUCUCUUCGGCUCAGACCUCCCAUUUUGGCUCUCACGGAAUGGAGGCUGACCACCCUCUCCCUUCAAAUGCCCCCACUGAAACCUCAUCUUUGGGUUCCCGUCCUGCAGGUACAAGCCAUGGCACCUAUCCGAGAUGUCUGAUUCCAAGACCAGGACACGGGCUGAUGGGGAGAAAACAGUGUCUGUCACCAAACUCGGUGGGAUCUUGGAUGAAUUGGCAAAAGUCUAGGAAGAUUUAUGGGGUGGACAUAAGUCUGGAGUCGAGAUGCCCCGUUGAGGAUUUCUCAAUGUCGGUGAUGUUUAAAAUAAAAAAUCCGUAAAAUGGGGCUAAUGUAGGGUGGAUCCCAGGUGGAUCAGGUACCUGGUACGAUCUCAUUCGCAUACCUAGUGAGCAUAUAGUAAGCGUUUAAUAAAUGCCAUAAUAUAUAUAUUAUGUGUAUAUAUAUUAUGUGUGUGUGCGUGUGUGUGUGUGUGUGUGUGUGUGUGCGCGUGUAUAGUUAUGUGAACCUCAGCCCUGAAAUUUUCUUCCUUGGGUGUUUUCACUCUCUCAUUCUCUGUCCAAUUAUGGCUGAUUCACUCUUGUUCUUUCAAUCGAUAUUCAGGGCUCUUAAAAACCUAAAGUCCUCAGAGCCAUGAAUCUCUGAGACGCCCUCACUAAUCUCCUCCCUAGAAUCUAAGAACCUGUUUUCAGACACUUCUCCUGCGUUCCCUAAAAGCUAAUUUUCCACAACCUCCAGUUCUGCUACACCUCGUCCCCCCCUUGGCAUAACGUUAGAGAGAGAAAAGUACAUCGGGAAGAGUUUGUUGCCAAGGUGAUUCGACCUCGGUUUACCUAGAGUUUGCCCGUACUUCAUCCACUUUGACCUAAGGAUCAUUCAAUUUCCCAUCCGGUCCAUUUGUGGCGAUUCUACAAAAGACAUAUAGCGAGCACAAAAGUUCAAGGCAUUAACUCUAAAUCACUGACGAACAAGGCUCCAAUAAAACUUCCUCCAACUUAAAAUUAAAAAAAACAAAACACAUUUUCCCAAAAGGCAGACACUAAUUUAUCUGAGCAAUUUCCUUGAAAAGUCUAAAUUGGUCCUGUGAAAUCAAUCCAGAAUCCAGAUUAAGGCUGUCAACUCGACCAGCUGGGAUUUAAGAUGCCUUUCUCGGUUGAUUCUCAACAGGACAGCUUUCGGCAUCAGGUAGCGGCCCCGGUGAAAUCCUUGAGAGAUACUAGCUCAAAUGCUCAUUGCCCUGCAUCUGCCCCAGUGUGAUCAGCAUAGAGUAAGCGCUUACCAGGUGUGUUUAUCGGCUCCCAAACGCUCCCGGUGACCUGGAUUUUGCUGGCCCCCCCGGGAUUACUCUAGAGACGGGUCACGAGCGAAGAUGGGAGCGGGCAACAAGUUUCAUCUACCCACGGAGGCUAAAGGAGACACGGUAGACCGAACCCAAGUGUGAGAGAAGCGAAGCCGGACAUCGUGGGCCGUCCCUUCUUCCCACCAGAAACGGGAAAAUGAAGAGGGAGAAAGAAGGGAAGAGAUGGUGAUAUCUCGCGCCCUGCUCCGCCGUUUAAAGACGCACCUUUCUUGGCGAUUUCUAUAGUCUCUACGUUACAUUUAAUGUUCAUCGCGUGGGGGUUAUCCAAGAGGAAACUUGCGAGAGGAACAAAGAGUCCAAUUCCCCAGAGUUCAGCUUCUCUCUCUCGUUUGGGGGAGGGAGGGUUUUUCUUACAACUUCCUGUAGGUUAGUGAAUUUUUACCAAGUGGUUUGUAUGGUAGCCUAAGGCCUUCCCCAGCUGCCCAGUUCUAUUAGCUGCUCCUUAUUUUCUCUGCUCUUCAUAAGUCAGGGGUCGGUUUGUUCCCAUAAGAAACCAUGACGGAUUUGUAGUGCCGCAUAAAUGUCUAUUUUCAUGCAAUUCUCUUGAACGUAAACUCCGGUUUCUUACUUGCCGUUUUUAUUUUCCUAUGGUUUCGUUCUUAAAUCUAAAUGCGGAUGAACUGACUGUAUAAAGCCCAAGGACUUAGAGCAGUAGUGCCCAUCCCUACCGACUGAUAGCCCUCCUUUCGGCGUUGUCCAUGAUACUGUACCCCCCAGCCCCGGCCCCUCGAUCCCUUACCCCGAGUGCAAUAAAUUUCUCAUUUUGCAUCA